GAGAGGGGAGGGGAGGGAGCCAGCCGAGCGAGUGUUCCGGGUCAGGCGCAGGAAUGAAAAAAAGGUGGCCGAGCCGGGCCGAGAGCUGCGCGCCUGCAGUCCACGGCUAACAAGCGCUCCGUGCAACUGAUUGGACAACGGAGACAAUAAAAGAAGGAAGGGCCUUUCCCCCCCCCCCCCCCCCCCGUUUGGCGGCGGCGGAGGAGUUGGGUCUGGUUUCUUUCUGGGACUGACGAGCAGGGCGGAGGGCGCGGAGAAGAGUUUCCUUCUGUCCCAGGCAGAUGCUCGGAGGUUGGCUCCUGCCGCGGCCCCGCUGAGAAGGAGGCAAAGCAGCAGCAGCAGCAGGCGGAGGAGGAGGAGGAGGAGAGGGCGCCGUGGAAGGCGGUGACUGGCAGCAGGGCAGCCGUGGGGACGCGCUUUGGGAACCCGGCGGCGGCGGCGGCGGCGGGGGUUGCUAAGGGGCGGGAUUGCAACCCCAGCGCGCGCGCGCGCCCUCCGGUCAUCUGUGUGGCUUUUGCCGACGCUUUAAACAAGCGGGAGUGGAAGAGAAAGUCCACGACGGGGGGGCGGGGACGGGGGGACACGCACGUCUGAAAGGCUGCGGUUGCGCGCGCCGCUCCUGCCCCGGGUGGCUGCUGCCAGAGCCCCGCGCGGCUUCGGCGAGCGGCUGUUGUUUUUGCUGCCUGUGCCGCCGCCGCCGCCGCUAUGUUUCAUUGCAUCCCGCUGUGGCGGUGCAACCGUCAUGUGGAGUCUAUCGACAGGCGCCACUGCUCGCUGGUCGCCGUGCCUGAGGAGAUCUACCGCUACAGCCGCAGCCUCGAAGAGCUCCUGCUGGACGCCAACCAGCUGCGCGAGCUGCCCAAGCCUUUUUUUCAGCUUGUAAAAUUACGAAAGCUUGGGCUUAGUGAUAAUGAAAUUCAGCGACUUCCUCCAGAGAUAGCAAACUUCAUGCAGCUCGUGGAACUUGAUUUGUCACGAAAUGAUAUUCCUGAAAUUCCUGAAAGCAUUUCCUUCUGCAAAUCGUUACAAGUAGCAGACUUCAGUGGGAAUCCCCUCACCAGGUUGCCUGAAAGCUUUCCUGAACUACAAAACCUAACGUGUCUUUCUGUAAAUGACAUCUCACUACAAGCAUUACCUGAAAAUAUUGGAAACCUUUAUAACCUGGCAUCACUGGAAUUAAGAGAGAAUUUGUUGACGUAUUUACCAGAGUCAGUUGCCCAGCUACAAAGGCUAGAGGAGCUGGAUCUAGGAAACAAUGAACUUUACAACUUGCCAGAAACUAUAGGUGCACUUUAUAAUCUUAAAGACCUCUGGCUAGAUGGAAACCAGCUAGCUGAAUUACCUCAGGAAAUAGGAAGCCUGAAAAACCUGCUAUGUUUGGACAUUUCUGAAAACAAACUGGAAAAAUUGCCUGAAGAGAUAAGUGGUCUGACGUCUUUAACUGACCUCCUCAUCUCUCAGAAUCUUCUAGAGGUGCUUCCAGAUGGCGUAGGAAAAUUAAAAAGACUAUCAAUAUUGAAGGUUGAUCAGAACCGGCUUCUUCAGUUAACAGAAUCAAUAGGUGAUUGUGAAAGCCUUACUGAGUUAGUUCUUACCGAAAAUCAGCUUCUGACUUUGCCGAAAACCAUUGGAAGGCUAAAGAAACUGAAUAUAUUGAAUGCUGACAGAAACAAACUAGUAUCUUUACCUAAAGAGAUUGGUGGGUGUUGCAGUUUAAAUGUGCUUUCAGUACGAGACAACCGGUUAUCUAGGAUUCCUUCUGAGAUAUCUCAAGCCACCGAACUUCAUGUCCUGGAUGUAGCUGGGAACAGGUUGCUGCAUCUUCCCAUGUCGCUAACUAGCUUGAAACUGAAGGCUUUGUGGUUGUCAGAUAACCAGUCUCAGCCUUUGCUUACAUUCCAGACAGACACAGACCCUGAAAUUGGAGAAAAGAUCUUAACAUGUGUUUUACUUCCUCAAAUGCCUUCUGAGCCUGAUAACCUGCCCCGAUGUGGAGCAAUGGAGAGCUUGGUGAAUGAAGUAUCAGAUGAAACGUGGAAUGAAAGGGCAGUAAACAGAGUCAGUGCAAUCCGCUUCUUAGAAGACGAAAAAGAUGAAGAAGAUGAUGAAACGAAGACGCUUCUAAGGCGAGCCACUCCACACCCUGGGGAAUUAAAGAACAUCAAAAAGACAGUGGAGAAUUUACGGAACAAUAUGAAUGCUGCUAAAGGACUGGAUUCAGAGCAAAAAAAAUGA